AUGAGACAGGGUCUCUACGGUUUCCUGAGUUGCGCUCUCGGCCUUGCCGCAUCUCUCCGCACCGAUCAAACAUUCUACAACCCGAUCCUUCCAGGCUGGAACCCAGAUCCCUCGUGCAUAUUCGUCCCCGAAGCAAACAACACGUUCUUUUGUACGACUUCAAGCUUGGUGGUUUUCCCAGCUCUCCCGAUUUAUGCGAGUCAGGAUCUUCAGAGCUGGGAGCUGAUCAGCAACGUCUUACAUGAUCCCGAUCAAUUUCCUGACAUCGCAAGUGCUUCAAUUCCGAAUGAAGGGUUUCUGGAAUCCACCUUGCGAUACCACCACGGAAAAUAUUAUCUUACAACGGGGUACUAUGCACCUGAUGGGAAAUUCACGACUCUGAUCUUCAAAUCUCAUAAUCCCUUCAACGAGUCUGGUUGGGGAAAGCCUCUGGAAUGCCCGACGCUCGGAUACGAUCCGGAUCUAUUCUGGGAUGAUGACGGAUCUUCAUACCUUACUGCACUCAAAGUCCCCGAUAACACUGUGAUUCAAGCACCCAUCGACCUAGAUACUGGCCGCUGGGGCAGCGAGUAUUACCUUUGGAACGGCACCGGCGGAGGCACGCUGGAAGGACCGCAUAUCAUCAAAAAAGAUGGCUUCUACUAUCUGACAAUCGCGGAAGGGGGAAUUUCAGUCGACCACAUGCAGACAAUGGCCCGAUCUGAGCGUUUAAAUGGACCAUAUAUACCAUUCGAGAAGAAUCCAGUCUUGUCCAGCCGAAAUUCAUCAGAAUACUUCCAAGCAGUGGGCCAUCUUGACCUCUUUCAAGACGCUAAAGGGGAAUGGUUCGGAGUCGCUUGUGCAACCAGGUCUGGACCGGAGUGGAAGAACUUUCCCAUGGGAAGAGAGACAAGCCUUUUCCCCGUCACAUGGAAUCAGGGUCAGUGGCCGGAGUUUCCACCCGUGCGAGGUGUGAUGAACGGCUCAAGUCUGCCACCGCGAAUGAGUCUACUAAAGGACGAGGACAAAGUCGAUGGUACGGAUAUGAUUGACUUUUCCCCUGGCUCCUCUAUUCCCAAACAUCUACUCCACUAUGGCCUGCCAAAUUUCAGCUCUUAUACCGUCUCCCCGAAGAAUUAUUCGCACUCCCUCCGCCUGCGAGCAUCAAAGACCAAUCUCACAGGAACCAUCGGAUCAAAAACCGCCGAGCAACGAACAGCAAUAUUUCGCAAGCAAGCACACUCUUUGUUCUCAUUUGAACUGGACAUCUUGUUCACACCAGCCAUGACAAGUGAGGAAGCCGGUAUCACAGUCUUCUUGGCUCCACAGCAACACCUGGAUCUUGCAAUUGGAUCAGUGAAAAAUGAAAAAGGAUCAGUGAUACCAGCCUUGAUCUUCCGAGUAAUGAACCUUGGUAAAAACGGGACAAAUCAUCCACCUACAGAAUUUUAUCCGUUACCGGAGGCUUGGCGCCAAAGUCCCGUUCGACUCCAAGUCAGUGCCACAAAUGUGACGACCUACCGCUUUUCAGCGAACCUAAUCUCAGCUGAGAGGAAGAUGGAAUAUGUGUUCUAUGGCUCCGCUGGGGUAGUGACAGCGGGAGAAGGAAAAUUUGAUGGUGCGUUGUUCUGGCAUGCUUGCACAAAGCCCUCCUGGCGAGGAAGAUUUGAGAUGCUGAUGAAAUCUAAAAGGAUCCUUGCUUGGAGCGUAUGCCACUACCGAUGGUGGAAAUGGUACACCUGA